CCUACAGCAAACACACACACACACACACACACACACACACACACGCACGCACGCACACCGGUCCGGACCUGCGCACUGCACGCGCUCCCCCGCGGUCUGCGCUCAGUGCUCAGCUGUUGCUCUCGGACUCGGUGGGGAUGAAAGUUUAGCUCGGCGACAGCUUGCAACAUCGCUUAUGCAGGAUUCCCACACUGGACAAUUCACCAUAACCCUUCUCCUCCAGAAUAAAAGGUUAUUCGUCAUAAAACCGCACUGGUUCUUCAUGGAGUAAUAACUGGAUGUUAGGAUAAGAGGUGUCAGUGAUGGCCAUCCAUGUGUUCGAUAAUGAUGAGUACAGACCGCCUGUGUGGAAAUCCUACUUGUACCAGCUCCAGCAGGAGGCGCCACAUCCACGCAGAGUCACCUGCAUAUCUGAGGUGGAGAAUCGGCCGAAGUACUAUGGACGAGAGUAUCACGGGAUGAUCUCCAGAGAGGAAACUGACCAACUGCUCAGUGUGGCUGAAGGAAGUUAUCUGAUCCGAGAGAGCCAGAGACAGCCGGGCACAUACACGCUAGCUCUACGCUUUGGGAAUCAGACCCGAAACUUCCGUCUGUUUUACGAUGGGAAGCAUUUCGUGGGGGAGAAGCGCUUCGAGUCCAUCCACGACCUGGUAACAGACGGCCUGAUCACGCUGUACAUCGAGACCAAAGCCGCCGAAUACAUAUCUAAGAUGACCAUCAACCCCAUCUACGAGCACGUGGGCUACACCACCCUGAACCGUGAGCCUGCGCUGAAGAAAGCCCUGCCCGUCUGCAGAGACAUGCCCGAUGGGAAGGACUCACCUGAAGAGACCGGCCUGGAGGAGAGGCUCACGUCGCUGGUCCGUCGAGCCACGCUGAAGGAGAGCGAACGGGCGCCCAAGUACGAGAAAGUCCACAACUUCAAGGUGCACACCUUCAGAGGGCCACACUGGUGUGAGUACUGUGCCAACUUCAUGUGGGGACUCAUCGCUCAGGGAGUCAAAUGUGCAGACUGUGGGUUGAAUGUUCAUAAGCAGUGCUCUAAGAUGGUGCCUAACGACUGCAAACCGGACCUGAAGCACGUGAAGAAGGUGUACAGCUGUGACCUCACCACACUGGUCAAGGCUCACAACACUAAGCGACCCAUGGUGGUGGACAUGUGCAUACGAGAGAUCGAAGCACGAGGUUUGAAGUCGGAGGGUCUCUAUCGGAUCUCUGGGUUCAGUGACUUAAUUGAAGAUGUGAAGUUAGCGUUUGACAGAGAUGGAGAGAAAGCAGACAUCUCCGGAAACGUCUAUGAAGACAUCAACGUCAUCACAGGUGCUCUUAAACUCUACUUCAGGGACCUGCCGAUCCCCGUCAUCACGUAUGACGCAUAUCCACGCUUCAUCGAGGCUGCAAAGCUGACAGACCCAGACGAGCGUUUGGAAGCUCUACAUGAAGCUCUGAAGCAGCUGCCUCCUGCGCACUGCGAGACACUGCGAUAUCUCAUGGCACAUUUAAAGAGGGUGACUCAGAACGAGAAGGAUAACCUGAUGAACGCUGAGAAUCUCGGGAUAGUGUUCGGGCCGACUUUGAUGCGGGCGCCGGAUCUGGACGCCAUGACGGCUCUGAACGACAUCCGCUACCAGAGGCAGGUGCUGGAGUUACUCAUCAAGAAUGAAGACAUCCUCUUCUAGCAUCACGCUGACGUGAAUGAACCUCUGUACUGUUCACUGCAGCUCUGAGCUGUGCUCUUCUACUCGCACUCCGCCUGGACUUGAAUAUGAAGGACUUUUGUAUCAUAGAACAUUUUUUGGAGCUGUACUUACUAACACUUCUCCCCUGAUGUGUUCUUUUCCUAUUUCUUGCAUGUCUUACUCCCCAUUUUUGUCGGGGGUCGCUGAAGCUGAAGGGUGUGACGUACUUCAGCAUUAUUAUGGGAUGGCAUUGCUCCCUUGCGUCUGGCAGAUCGUGUUUCUGUUCCAAACGGACGUUUUGUUUUGUUUUUGUAAAACAUUGUGAAUUUGAUAUUGUCAGUUUUGGAGCCACUUUAUCUGAAGAGUCGUAAAUAAAGAUGGUGUCAUUGUGCAGGCCUGAUAUAUAAACUCUUGUUUAGACAAUCCUCAGUCAUUAUUCAUACAGCUCAUUCGGCUCAAACAUGAGAGGUCUGUUAUUCAUGUAUGCAUAUGCCAUGAAUGUUUAUUUAUGGCUCAGCAGGUAAAGUGUUUCAAAAUCUCUGAUUUGUUUUUAUUUUUGGUUGUUUUUUCAUUCCUUCUGUUCGUUUGAUCUGACUCUGUUCUGCCUUCACAUGCCGAAAGAAUUACUUCUGCUGUAGACAGGAAGAAUAUUUACAGUCCAUGUACAUUUCAGGAUCCUUGACCUUAGACUCGCCUUUAGAAAACACUCUUGCACUCACAUGAUGCUUGAUGUUUUUUUGGUUCUGUGUUUUUGUAUUUGAUUUAAGCAUGAAUACAUUAAUUUAUUAAAAUGUACUUUUAGUACAGUG